AUGAAACCGUCGUCAAUUUUUCGUCGUGAAUCCUCUCUGAAGGCUGUACGAAAUUGGCUAUGUACGUGCUCACAACCGUUGCUCAUCAUAGGACCACCGUUUUGUGGGAAAACGUAUCUUUCGAAGCAGAUCCAGAACAGCGUGGAUUGUGUUGCGUCUCAUUUCUGCCUGUCCGAAUCCGCUGACACCACCGAAUCUGCCACAUUACUACGCUCACUCGGCGCUCAACUAACUAAACGCUUUCCGAAUUUGGUACUACCGAAACUUUCCACCUUAACGCUACUAGCCGACUAUGAUAAUGCCUUGGAGCAGUACCUCACAUUACCGUUGGCUUCGUUACCUCAUCCAUCUAAGCCGUUAUUCAUACUCAUCGACAACAUACUGCCACAUAUCUACGAUCUUAUCUUAUCGAUCAAUCGAUCUCUUCCUUCCUGGAUGCGUCUUGUGGUGACGUCAAGACCGUUGGCCCCGUCGGAUCAGCACAAAUUCGAGCGAUUUCAUGAUCUCGUAUUGAGUGAUUGCAUUGAUGAACUUGAUCGUUUCAUUGAGGUUCGUCUUCCUCAGUGCAUUCACAGUGAAGUGCUGGAUGCAUGUGAGGGCUCAUGGUUUUUCGUUGACCAAAUGGCACGAGCUGUCGAUGCCGGCAUCAUUCCACCGGAUCGUAUACCUUGCGGUAUCAAGGAUUUGAUGGACGACCUAUGUCUUGCGUUGCCCCAACGAUUACCGAUUUAUUUGCUUUUGAUCAAGGCUUCCCGACAACCGCCACCGUUGGCGUUUUUCCUGGCCGUCAGUCAACUUAUCAUUCGAGAAAGCAUUCAGUUGAUUGAACGGGAAGUGGAAGCUAUUAGAAUAAUUUUGAAGAGUUCCGAUCCCCUAAUUUUGUCUGGAUCAUGGGCCGAUAUCGAUGGGGAUUUGUCGCCGUAUCAUACCGCUUGGGCCGAAUUUUACAAGACAAAGCGACGGAAGACUCCCCAGGAUGUGGUGGAACUCGCCUAUCAUUUGGCUCAUUCAACUGUUCCUCCGCUGGACUCGAUUCGAACGCUGUCCUCAGUCGGAGCGGGUGAUCUCAUCCUGAAAUGUUCCGUUAUCGACAUACCCACAUCGAUUCUCCUAUCAAAAGCUGGUGCAAUCAUGCAAGAGCUCUCUUCAAACGAUGAUUUCAUCUUUAUGUGCUCCACCGGCGAUCUGGAAAUGGCCAAGAAACAAAUGUCAUCGUUAACUGACCCCGAACUCUCCCUCGGACUGCUGGCCGCUUCGUCAAGGGGACAAGUUCAGAUAUGUUCUGCUAUCCUGCAAUAUCGUCCACAGAUUGCGAAUGCAGUCUGUAAUGGCCAAUGGAAUGCGUUGCGAAGUGCAGCCUGUAACAAUCAUCCGGAAGUGCUCGAUCUUCUACUCGAACACGGCAGCGGUAUUAACGUGGAUGAAGUUGGGAACGGCGAAAGAACCGCUCUUCGUGGAGCAGCUUGGGCUGGUCAUCGUGACAUUGUCGAGCGUCUUCUUAACGCAUCGGCAAGCGUGGAUCGAAAAGACUCCGAGGAUCGUACGGCGCUUAUGGCAGCUGCAUUCAUGGAUCAUUGGGAAAUCGUGGACUUGCUCCUCGAUCAUGGGGCGAAGAUUUCGGAAACAGACUCAGCCGGAGCUACAGCGCUACAUCUAGCCUUAUCCAAUGGAUCAAAGACUGAAGCUCACGACAGGACCGUGAAAACGCUUAUAAAAAGAGGAAGCGAUGUGACCAUGGCAGACGCACACGGCCGAUUAUGCAUUCAUUUGGCUGCCUACUACGGUGAUAAGAACCUCAAUUCGUUGAUUGGAGCAACUUGUAUUGACAUACAGGAUUCCCUUGGACGGACACCGUUGAUGUUGGCUGCAAGUCAAGGACAACUGGAAGCUGUAGAUUUGUUAGUGAAAAACGGUGCCUACAUCGAUUGCAUAGACUCAGAUGGAAGAACCGCGUUCCAGUUAGCAGCGAUUCAUGGACAUCUUCCGAUAGUAGAUAUGUUACUUGCCCUAGGAGCAGAUGAAGCACAUAAGGAUAACGACGGUGCAGUUGCUUUACAUUACGCCGUAGCACAUGGUGAUGUCACUCUUUGCCGAGCGCUGGCCACCUCGGUUACUGUUCAUGCAACUGAUCGAUCCGGAAAUCAUCCUCUAAUCAAUGCCUGUCAAGGGGACAAUGAAGAGGUCGUUCGAGAGCUCCUGAGCCUUGGUGCUCCUGUGGAACGACUUUCUCUAAACGGUCAGAGCGCACUUCGAGUAGCGGCUCUCUCGGGAAACGCUAAGAUUGUCAGGGUAUUAGCAGAACAUAUCACAGACUGGGAACAACAAGAUAUGGAAGGCACACCGUUGGUGCAUACCCUACUUAUCAACAAGCAGACUGCGAUGGCGGAGCUACUGCUUACGUUGGGCGCAUUUAGUUCAGCUAGGGAUGCUCAUGGAAGAACUUGCGCACAUGUGGUAUGUGCCAUAAAUGAUAUGUGUGGCGCGAGAAUGCUACGACGACUGGCCGCCUCCUUCGAAACAGUUGAUUCGGGCGGUAGGACCCCUCUCCUAACUGCAGUAUGGAAUGGCCAUAUUGAAAUGUCCGCUUAUCUCUUGGAAACUGUAGGUGUAAACCCGAAUUCUGUUGAUGAACAAGGUGCAUCGGCUUUGUCGGUAGCAGCACAACAGGGGAAUCGAGAACUGGUGGUGCUUCUUCUAAGGAUGGGAGCCGAACCGUCAUUGAAGGAUUUGGAUGGAAGGACAGCGCUGGACGUUGCCACUAUGUACGGCCACGAUACUAUUAGAGCAGUGUUACAGUCAGCCAGUGGAUCAGCGGAUUCUUCCGGCUUUGGCAGCGUACCAAAUUCUCCCCUCGAUUUCAAGUCCUUAGGAAGGAAAUCGUUGAGGAAGACGCAGAAACUGGCUGUGACAAGUCCUCGAAUCAUUAAGAAAUUUCUAUAG